UUGCCGUUUUUUUUUGCAUGGUUGCUGUGCAUUGCCGUGUCACAAGCGCAUUUGGGUCUUAAUGACCACGAACAAUAUCGGGCAAGGCCGCCGCCUAUUAAUCCAAACCAUCAAUUAGACCAGCGGAGUCCAUCCGAGGUUAUGGUGGAUCUGAGUAAUGAUUUAUCAUUCAAGAUCCUGCACUUGCAUUCGAUUUUGAAUCGAAAUAAUUUCGCCUUCUCGCCAACGGCUUUGAUGUGUGUGUUGGUGGCGCUCUAUGAAGGAUCUGCAGGACGAAGUUCGCUAGAGAUGCGCAAUUGCAUUCCAAUGCCAAAUAAUAGAGAUGUCAUUCGAGUUGGAUAUCGUGAUAUACAUCGAAGGUUAAGGACCUAUUUCUUUGAUGAUGAAAACCCUCUGAAGGGACUUAGCUUGAACAAAGAAAACGUCACCAUUACUGCAGAGUUUGAAACAGUCUUAAAAUUCUAUGGCUAUGAUCUGGGAAUGGACAUGGUGUCUUCUACAACAACAGUUGCACCCAAUAAUUAUCAAACAACAACAACACAUGGUACAUAUCUUCCUUCAGUUUCUACAACAGAAGAAUCUACAAUGUCAACAGUGAUGUUAACAACAACCACAAAAGAUAAAACAACAUCUACAGAAGAACCUACAACAACAACAACAACAACAAUAAUAUCAACUUCCACAGACCCCAUUGAAAUUAGUACAACUCCAGAAAUAACAACUCUUGAGACUGAAACCUCUAUCGGCUCCGAAACUCCACAGCCAAUACCAGUAUCCACAACGCUCGAACCAAAAGAAGAAGAUAUCCCUUCACAAUCAAGCCAAGAGUCAGGGGAAGUAGUUACGCUAGGCAGCAAUUUGGAAAAGGCCACAGUGGAAGAAAAAGCUAAUUUUAAAAGAUUUAAACCGAAUGGAAAACUAGUAACACAACCACGACUUGAUUACCUCCCAGUAAAACGUACUCCAAUUCUAUUGAAAUCCUUCAAAAGAACCCGACGUCACUUAUUUGGGCUUAAAGGAAUCGAUCCGAGCUUGUUCUUUACUUUCCUUCAACCAAGGACACAAUUUCUCCAAGCACCACCUCCUUCUGAAUUAAUAGAAAUUGAAGCACCUCCACCUCCACCAUCGGUGCCAAUUCAUGUACCAAGCUUUUCUUCAACUGGCUCAAUUCAGCCCCUCGAUGCUAUUCCGAUAUUGCCCAUUCAAAAUGGAUACCUCGAUGUUGAUCAGGGAUUUCUGUCUCAGAAAGAAGAUCUCAAAAGUGAAGUCGUUGAUCACAUUUUCUACGUCAAUAACCAGGAUAUUGUUCACACAACAUUCAAGGUCUAUAACUCUGUUCUCUAUUACAGAUACUUUGAACAAAUGAAAAUCUCUGUUUUGGAACUGGAACUCGAUUCCACUGACUACAACUUAAUGAUUAUUUUACCAGACUAUGACAUAGAUCUCCUUACGGCGACGUCUAAUCUCAGACUAGGAUCGACACUGAGAGUUCUUCGGAAGCAAUUGAAACCUCGAUGGGUGCAGGCCAUCAUUCCUGACUUUCAACUACAUGGCACAGUAUUCCUUACGAAUGAUCUACAAAAUUUGGGAGUCUGUGACAUUUUCGAACCAAAUCGAGCUGAUUUCAGGCCAAUGACCGACGAGAGUGGUAUUUAUGUUAGACACAUUGAGCAGAACAUAGACGUUAACAUUCGCACUCGCCCGAUUAACCACCUGAAAAGGAGUUACGGACCACAAACUCAGCCUAUUCAAGUGUCGGUUAAUCAUCCGUUCAUGUUCUUCAUCAUAGACAGAGAUUUGGAUGUUGCAACCAUGGCUGGUCGAAUACUCAAUCCGUUGAAUGUUCGGAUACAGUAAAACAAAACAUGAUGAUGUGGAUAAGAAUUUUUUGUUUGAUAGUUGUUAUUUGUAAGAUGCCAAUAAAAUUUUAGGAAAGUCUUGCAAUCAGUUUUAAGAUAGUGUACAAGUAGAUAUUUCGCUAAUGGAAUAGCGGACAGCGAAGCAAGACAAUCUGUAAAUUGGAAUUAAAAUAUAAAAAUAAAGAAACUUAACAUAUUUGUUUCAAUAAUUA